AUGAUUUUAGAGCUAGGAAAAGCUUUCAAUGCACAAGCUCGUGAGAUAUUAGAUGGUGAGAUUGCAAGGAUGUUCUACUUAGCUGGGCUUCCUUUUAACCUCGCUAAAAAUCCACACUUUAUUAAGUCUUACAGUUUGGCUGCCAAUAGUAAUGUUGCAGGUUAUAACCCUCCAAGUUACAAUGCACUAAGAACCAAAUUAUUGAAAAAUGAGAGGUCACAUCUUCAAACUUUGCUUGAAGCUACUAAAAGCACAUGGAAGUCGAAGGGAGUAACCAUAGAUGUCAUAACAGAGGUUGGUGUACCUAAUGUUGUCCAAGUUAUAACAGAUAACGCCCCCGUUUGUAAAGCUGCUGGAAUGUUAGUUGAACAAGCAUAUCCUAGUGUAUUUUGGACUCCUUGUGUUGUGCAUACACUUAAUCUUGCUUUAAAGAAUAUUUGUGCUGCAAAAAAUACCGAGUCAAAUGAAAUCACAUAUGCGGAAUGUCGUUGGAUAAGUGAGAUUGCUGCUAGUGCUAUUAUGAUUAGGAACUUCAUAAUGAAUCUUUCCAUGAGACUUGCCAUGUUCACUGAGUUUUCUAAACUUAAAUUGCUUGUGGUUGCUGAAACUCGAUUUGCCUCGAUGAUUAUUAUGUUGAAAAGGUUUAGAGACGUGAAAUGUCAAUUGCAAUCGAUGGUGAUAAGUGAACAAUGGUCUAUGUAUCGUGAGGAUAACAUUGAGAAAGCUAGAAUUGUGAAAGAAAAAUUGUUAGAUGAUGGCUGGUGGGAUUCAGUAGGUUAUAUUCUUCGUUUUACUAAGCCGAUUUAUUCGAUGUUGAGAAUUUGUGAUACGGAUAAACCUUGUAUGCACUUGGUUUAUGGGAUGUGGGAUACCAUGAUAGUUAAAGUGAAACGAGUUAUCUUUGAGCAUGAGAUGAAGAGUGACUUAGAGGAAUCCAGCUUUUGGAAUGUUGUAUGCAACGUGUUAGAGGAUAGGUGGAGUAAAAGCAACACUCAAUUACAUUGCUUGGCUCAUUCCUUGACUCCAAGCAAUCUCCGUUUGCUAUCAAGAAGAACUCCACAAUAUAUGAAAGGUGAAUCUCAGAUGUGGGAUGUGGCAGGGGAUGCAUUUGAUGCCAUGGAUGAUAUUGGAAUUCUUGGAAUUGCUAAUCUAUCUCUUGAUGAACCCGAGUUGGAGUCUAUAUUAUUUUGUGAUGAUGGAGAAGGAAAAGGACCAAGUAAUUCCUUUUAUUUUGUGUUUGUUGUCAGCCUUGAUGUAGCAGUGGACGAGGAGGAUGAGGACGUGAAGGAUGAGUUGUAG